CUUAUAAUUAGCACCAUCCAAGGGGGGCAGUUGGCCUGCUUUCCCCAAGGAAAUGCUUCCAAGACAUGUACCCUCAUCUGAAGAAGAAGAUGGUGGCCUUGAAGGCUUUGAUGACUUUUUCCCGGAGGAGCCUGUGAGCCUCCCCAAGAAGAAAAAGCCCAAGAAGCUCAAGGAGAACAGGUCCAAAGGGAAGAGGAAGAAGAAAGAGGGGAGCAAUGACGAGCUGUCAGAAAAUGAAGAGGAUCUGGAAGAGAAGUCAGAGAGUGAAGGUAGUGACUACUCCCCGAAUAAAAAGAAGAAGAAAAAACUCAAGGACAAGAAGGAGAAAAAAGCUAAGCGGAAAAAGAAAGAUGAUGAGGAGGAUGACAAUGAAGAUGGGUGCCUCAAGGAGCCCAAGUCCUCGGGGCAGCUCAUGGCUGAGUGGGGCCUGGACGACGUGGACUACCUGUUCUCCGAGGCCGACUACCACACGCUGACCAACUACAAGGCCUUCAGCCAGUUCCUCAGACCUCUCAUCGCCAAGAAGAACCCGAAGAUCCCCAUGUCAAAGAUGAUGACCGUCCUGGGUGCCAAGUGGCGGGAGUUCAGCGCCAACAACCCCUUCAAGGGCAGCUCGGCGGCAGCAGCUGCAGCAGCAGUGGCCGCGGCCGUGGAGACGGUCACCAUCGCACCUCCGCUGGCCAUCAGCCCCCAGCAGGCGCCCCAGCCUGUGCCCAUCCGCAAGGCCAAGACCAAAGAGGGCAAGGGGCCUGGAGUGAGGAAGAAGAUCAAAGGCUCCAAGGAUGCAAAGAAAAAGGGCAAAGGGAGAAAGGUGACUGGGCUCAAGUUCCGCUUCGGAGGGGUCGGCAGCAAGAGGAAGAAGGGGUCCUCGAGCGAGGAGGAUGAGCGAGAGGAGUCGGACUUCGACAGCGCCAGCAUCCACAGCUCCUCCGUGCGCUCUGAGUGCUCUGCUGCCCUGGGGAAGAAGAGCAAGAGGAGGCGCAAGAAGAAGAGAAUUGAUGAUGGCGAUGGCUACGAGACGGACCACCAGGACUACUGUGAGGUGUGCCAGCAGGGUGGGGAGAUCAUUCUGUGUGACACCUGCCCGAGGGCCUACCACCUCGUCUGUCUGGACCCCGAGCUGGAGAAAGCUCCUGAGGGCAAGUGGAGCUGUCCCCACUGUGAGAAGGAAGGGAUCCAGUGGGAGCCGAAGGACGACGACGACGACGAGGACGAGGGCGGCUGCGAGGAGGAGGAGGACGACCACAUGGAGUUCUGCCGCGUGUGCAAGGACGGAGGCGAGCUGCUCUGCUGCGACGCCUGCCCCUCCUCCUACCACCUGCACUGCCUCAACCCGCCGCUUCCCGAGAUCCCAAACGGUGAAUGGCUCUGCCCGCGCUGUACUUGUCCCCCACUGAAGGGCAAAGUCCAGCGGAUCCUGCACUGGCGGUGGACAGAGCCCCCAGCCCCCUUCAUGGUGGGGCUGCCGGGGCCUGACGUGGACCCUGGUGUACCCCCGCCCAAGCCCCUGGAGGGCAUCCCAGAGAGAGAGUUCUUCGUCAAGUGGGCUGGGCUCUCUUACUGGCACUGCUCCUGGGUGAAGGAGCUCCAGCUGGAGCUCUACCACACAGUGAUGUAUCGCAACUACCAAAGAAAGAACGACAUGGACGAGCCACCACCCUUUGACUACGGCUCUGGUGACGAGGAUGGCAAGAGCGAGAAGAGGAAGAACAAGGACCCUCUCUAUGCCAAGAUGGAGGAGCGCUUCUACCGCUACGGCAUCAAGCCCGAGUGGAUGAUGAUCCACCGCAUCCUGAACCACAGCUUCGAUAAAAAGGGGGACGUGCAUUACCUGAUCAAGUGGAAAGACCUGCCCUACGACCAGUGCACCUGGGAGAUUGAUGAAAUUGACAUCCCCUACUACGACAGCCUGAAGCAGGCCUACUGGGGCCACAGGGAGCUGAUGCUGGGAGAGGACGCCAGGCUGCCCAAGAGGCUGGUCAAGAAGGGCAAGAAGCUGAAGGAUGACAAACAGGAGAAGCCCCCGGACACACCCAUUGUGGAUCCCACGGUCAAGUUUGACAAACAGCCAUGGUACAUCGACUCCACGGGCGGCACGCUGCACCCGUACCAGCUGGAGGGCCUUAACUGGCUGCGCUUCUCCUGGGCCCAGGGAACCGACACCAUUCUGGCCGACGAGAUGGGUCUGGGCAAGACUGUGCAGACCAUCGUCUUUCUCUACUCCUUGUACAAGGAGGGGCACUCCAAAGGGCCCUACCUGGUCAGUGCGCCCCUGUCCACCAUCAUCAACUGGGAACGUGAGUUUGAGAUGUGGGCCCCUGACUUCUACGUCGUCACCUACACGGGGGACAAGGAGAGCCGCUCCGUGAUCCGGGAGAAUGAGUUUUCCUUUGAGGACAAUGCCAUUCGGAGUGGGAAGAAGGUGUUCCGGAUGAAGAAAGAAGUGCAGAUCAAAUUCCACGUCCUGCUCACCUCCUAUGAGCUCAUCACCAUCGACCAGGCCAUCCUGGGCUCCAUUGAGUGGGCCUGCCUUGUGGUGGAUGAGGCCCACCGGCUCAAGAACAACCAGUCCAAGUUCUUUAGGGUCUUGAACAGCUACAAGAUCGAUUAUAAGCUGCUGCUGACAGGGACCCCCCUUCAGAACAACCUGGAAGAACUGUUCCACCUCCUCAACUUCCUGACUCCAGAGAGGUUCAACAAUCUGGAGGGCUUCCUGGAGGAGUUUGCUGACAUCUCCAAGGAAGACCAGAUCAAGAAGCUGCACGACCUGCUAGGGCCGCACAUGCUGAGGCGGCUCAAGGCUGAUGUGUUCAAGAACAUGCCGGCGAAGACUGAGCUGAUUGUCCGCGUGGAGCUGAGCCAGAUGCAGAAGAAGUACUACAAGUUCAUCCUCACGCGGAACUUUGAGGCGCUGAACUCCAAGGGGGGUGGGAACCAGGUGUCACUGCUCAACAUCAUGAUGGACCUGAAGAAGUGCUGCAACCACCCCUACCUCUUCCCCGUGGCUGCCGUGGAGGCCCCCGUCCUGCCCAAUGGCUCCUAUGAUGGCAGCUCUCUGGUCAAGUCUUCGGGGAAGCUCAUGCUGCUACAGAAGAUGCUCAAGAAACUGCGGGACGAAGGGCACCGUGUGCUCAUCUUCUCCCAGAUGACCAAGAUGCUGGACCUCCUGGAGGAUUUCCUGGAGUAUGAGGGCUACAAGUAUGAGCGGAUUGAUGGUGGCAUCACGGGGGGCCUUCGGCAAGAAGCAAUUGACAGAUUCAAUGCCCCUGGGGCCCAGCAGUUCUGCUUCCUCCUCUCAACCCGGGCAGGUGGCCUGGGGAUCAACCUGGCCACGGCGGACACGGUCAUCAUCUACGACUCGGACUGGAACCCGCAUAAUGACAUCCAGGCCUUCAGCCGCGCCCACCGCAUUGGGCAGAACAAGAAGGUGAUGAUCUACCGCUUCGUGACGCGGGCCUCGGUGGAGGAGCGCAUCACGCAGGUGGCCAAGCGCAAGAUGAUGCUCACCCACCUGGUGGUGCGACCUGGCCUGGGCUCCAAGUCCGGCUCCAUGACCAAGCAGGAGCUGGAUGACAUCCUUAAGUUUGGCACAGAGGAGCUCUUCAAGGAUGACGUGGAGGGCAUGAUGUCUCAGGGCCAGAGACCCGUCACGCCCAUCCCUGAUGUCCAGUCCUCCAAAGGGGGAGCCUUGGCCGCCAGUGCCAAGAAAAAGCAUGGCAGCACUCCUCCAGGUGACAACAAGGACGUGGAGGAUAGCAGUGUGAUCCACUAUGACGAUGCGGCCAUCUCCAAGCUGCUGGACCGGAACCAGGAUGCCACGGACGACACGGAGCUCCAGAAUAUGAAUGAAUACCUGAGCUCCUUCAAGGUGGCGCAGUAUGUGGUGCGCGAGGAGGAUGGCGUGGAGGAGGUGGAACGGGAGAUCAUCAAGCAGGAGGAGAACGUGGACCCCGACUACUGGGAGAAGCUGCUGCGGCACCACUACGAGCAGCAGCAGGAGGACCUGGCCCGCAACCUGGGCAAGGGCAAGCGCAUCCGCAAGCAGGUCAACUACAACGACGCCUCCCAGGAGGACCAGGAGUGGCAGGACGAGCUCUCAGACAACCAGUCUGAAUAUUCCAUUGGCUCUGAGGAUGAGGACGAGGACUUUGAGGAAAGGCCGGAAGGGCAGAGUGGACGGCGACAAUCCAGGAGGCAGCUGAAGAGCGACAGGGACAAGCCCCUGCCCCCUCUUCUUGCCCGGGUCGGCGGCAACAUUGAGGUGCUAGGCUUUAACGCCCGCCAGCGGAAGGCCUUUCUGAACGCCAUCAUGCGCUGGGGCAUGCCCCCCCAGGAUGCCUUCAACUCCCACUGGCUGGUGCGGGAUCUUCGAGGGAAGAGUGAGAAGGAGUUCAGAGCCUAUGUGUCCCUCUUCAUGCGGCACCUGUGUGAGCCGGGGGCUGACGGCGCGGAGACCUUUGCGGACGGCGUGCCCCGCGAGGGCCUCUCCAGGCAGCACGUGCUCACGCGCAUUGGGGUCAUGUCACUAGUUAGGAAGAAGGUUCAGGAGUUUGAGCAUGUCAACGGGAAGUACAGCACCCCGGAUCUGAUCCCCGAGGGGCCUGAGGGCAAGAAGCCAGGCGAAGUCAUCUCCUCGGAUCCCAACACACCAGUGCCCGCCAGCCCUGCCCACCUCCUGCCUGGCCCUCUGGGCCUGCCAGACAAAAUGGAAGCCCCACUAGGCUACAUGGAUGAGAAGGAGGUGGGGGUGCAGAAGCCAAAGAAGCCCCCAGAAAUCCAGGCCCUGCCAACUGCCCUGGACAGAGUGGAGGGAGAGGACAAGCAGGAGAGCUCCAAUGGCAAAGAGAGGGCCCGAGAGGAGCGGCUGGAGGAGAUGGAGAAGGCCGAGCCCUCCCCGGAGCAGGGGCCGAAAGAAGAAGUGCUUCCUGAGAAGGAGAAGGUUCUGGACAAGCUGGAACUGAGCUUGAUUCACAGCAGAGGUGACAGCAGCGACUUCAGGCCAGAUGACACCAAAGCCGAGGAGAAGGAGCCUACUGAGACCCAGCAAAAUGGUGACAAAGAGGAAGAUGAAGAGGGGAAGAAGGAGGACAAGAUCGGGAAGUUCAAAUUUAUGUUCAACAUUGCAGAUGGGGGCUUCACAGAGCUGCACACACUGUGGCAGAACGAGGAGCGUGCUGCUGUGUCCUCGGGGAAGAUCUACGACAUCUGGCACCGGCGCCAUGACUACUGGCUGCUGGCGGGCAUUGUCACGCACGGCUACGCCCGCUGGCAGGACAUCCAGAAUGACCCGAGAUACAUGAUCCUCAACGAGCCCUUCAAGUCUGAGAUCCACAAGGGUAACUACCUGGAGAUGAAGAACAAGUUCCUGGCCCGCAGGUUCAAGUUGCUGGAGCAGGCGCUGGUCAUUGAGGAGCAGCUCCGGAGGGCCGCAUACCUCAACAUGACCCAGGAUCCCAACCAUCCCGCCAUGGCCCUCAACGCCCGCCUGGCCGAGGUGGAGUGCCUUGCUGAGAGCCACCAGCACCUGUCCAAGGAGUCCCUCGCCGGGAACAAGCCUGCCAAUGCUGUCCUGCACAAGGUCCUGAACCAGCUGGAGGAGCUGCUGAGCGACAUGAAGGCGGACGUGACGCGUCUCCCCUCCAUGCUGUCCCGCAUCCCCCCGGUGGCUGCCCGCCUCCAGAUGUCGGAGCGCAGCAUCCUGAGCCGCCUGACCAACCGAGCCGGCGACCCCACCAUCCAACAGAUAUCUAGCCGGCCCCGAGACCUCGCUCUGGUGCAGCGCUCCUUUCCAGCGGAGCCACGCCUGCCAGGCCCCCUGCCUGACCCCCACAGGAGAGAAAAGCUGCCGCCUUUCUAGAGCUAGGCCACCCGAGGACAGAAGGGGUAACUGAGUCAUGCCAUCGCUGGGGACAAGACCCAGCCAGAAGUGCCACCUGCUCUUAAUUCCAGUGUCCCCCAUACCACCUUGGCCAGCUCUGCCAGGACGACUUCCUAGAAGAGAUUUCAUUUCUUUGUACAUCUUUUUGCACUUUCCUAUUGAAGACUUGAACAAAUUUGUCCUGAUAAAAGUUGAGUGACGUGUGGAGGAGUCUGA